ACUAACCACCACCCCUACCCUCGGCGACCGGAGGCUCCGCAGCACCCGUCGCCGCCCCCCACAACCGCCCCUCCCCGCCAAUCCCUCCGUCGUAGGCUUUCUUUGAUUGCAGGUUGAUUUCCGAUAAACGGAGGAAAAAACGCGGGUACGCGUGUCUCCCUCCGAUUCCGAAAGAAAUAAAUAAAAUCACUUGCUAUAUAUUAUAUUUACGGAGGCCACCCCAGGGCAGGAGUUGAGGUUUAUUCGAGGGGGAUCCCUACCCUAAUUCGAGCCGUCCUCUUGUUUCAACGCCGCCACCGAGGGGAGGAGACGGGAGAUCGAUAUGGCGCACCAAGAGAGAGGGACCAAGAGGCCGAGGACGGCUGUGGGUUCAUCGGCGGCCGCCGCCGUCGAGAUUGACGACAUGGCAUCCUCGAAUUUCCAGUCCACCCUAGGCGUCGCUUCCAUUCCAAAUCACAAGGAUUCCGCCGCCACCGCUUCGUGGAAUUCACAGGUCAAGUUCGAUUUGGAGAUUGUUGAAAAUCUUAUAUUUUGCCACGAGUGGGAGAAGCUUGAAUAUUAUCUGUUCAAGUUCCUUUCCAAUGCUCAUGGUAAAAUUGUGCGCUCCCAUCCAGGGCUCUUUUGCUCUGUUUAUGAAGCAUGUAUUUCAGAUUUAAUUAAGAAACGUAAAGUUAAGGAAGAAGUGCAUAUUUUCAAAGACAAGGUUGAGCCCCUGUCUUAUGAUGGGGAUUCUCUCUAUAGGCCAAUUGAUUUAGAGGUCCGUGUAGAGAGGCUUAAGCAGAUAAUAAAAAAUAGCAUCUUACCUCCUGAUUUUGUUGAAGAAGAUAACAAAAUGGUUGUUGUCAACUAUAUCCAGCUUUAUUUUCCUGAAUCUUUAAGCCAGACAAAUCUCAUCAUUUUCCCAAAGGGAUCUGUGAAAUGUUUUCUAAGGCAUUUCAUGACUCAAAAGGUAGAGCGAUACAGCUGCUUAGCUUGCCAAUGGCUCAUACCAGCUAGUAAUUCAGCUACAUCAAUAGCUCAGCACAUCAAGCAUUCCGGUUCUCAUAAUUUUUGUCCAAGAGUCACAAAAUGGAUGCUUAAACAUCUUGCUGUUGUUGAGGGAGUGGAAGAACUUGACAUGAAGGAGAUUGUUCCUGCUUACGUGACGGACUCUUCCAAGAGUCUUCAGACACCUGAAUCCUCAUCUUCCUCAAAUAGCAGUUUUCUGUCAACUGCAUCUCCCUCAAAGAAGAUGGCACCUUUCAGAUAUGAUGCUGUUUCUGUUCCACAAUCUUCUGUGUUUGUGGAUCCAUCGUCUGGCCUAGAUAUCCUGAACAAGAUUCAGAGUGGGAACAUCUCUUUAGUGACCUCUGUUUCACGAUGGACAACACCUAUUGGAAUAAAGGUGAAAGAGUUAUGCUUAAGUCAAGUAAAACCAAUUACUGUGUUGAUUGACAUCUUUCUUGAUGCAAUAAGCAAAGGGGCCCUUAUGGAUGGUUACAUGGUUUUGAAGAAGGCUGAUGCUCUACGUUUUACACCCAGAGAUUUCUACCCACUACUGCAAUAUGCUCCUGACAGGGUUUUCGAGCUUGUGUUAGAGCAAGAUAGGCUGAUUUAUGAUCUGAGGUAUACCUGUUUGGCGGUGGCUGCUGCUGCUGCUGUCACCACAGGAACACCUGGGAAUUCAACCUCUAUAACACCACCAGCUGAUGAGCUCCAUGUCGAAGGGAAGGUGGCCAGUGGAGCUGAAGGCAUGAUGUGACAUUGCUGCGUCAGUUGUUUGCUGGGAUGUCUCCCGUUUGGAGCCCUCCGACUAAAUAUUAUUUCAAUAUUUGGAUGCCAAUUAGGAUAACUAAAUAUGAGCUAAUUACGAAACUAAUUGCAUAAGUCAGCAGUAAAUAUGAGCUAAUCAAAGUCUAAUUAAUAUCAAUGGGUUUUACACAUCAGUUAGUUGUGACUUAUGCAAUUAGUUUUGCAAUUAGCUUAUGUUUAGUCGUUCUAAUUGACAUCCAAACAUUGACUAGUUUUUAGUCCAUGGUCUCCCGCAUAGCCAAUGCUACUCUAUUGACGUUCCUCACUUGUUGGUGGUCUUGUCCACCCGUGUACUCAAUCUAAAAUUGCUUUAUGAGGAUGAAGUUGCUGCUCAACAGGUGCACAUUAGGCACAUUAAUUAGAUAAUUAAUAAAAUAUGUGCACGUGUCUGUGUGUGGUAACUGUAUUUUAUAUCUAAAUUAAGCUGGGAAGGGAUAAGUAAGCAAACGAAUGUAAAUUACAUCGGUGAAAAAUAGC